AACUUCUUUGUUCAUAUGAUACAGGUUGAAUAUGAGUUCAUUUCAACAACUGGCAAAUGGAAUUCAAUCUGCCCUGAACAGCAUUUUGUGAAUAACCUCUCGUUGAUGUUGCAGUGGUCUCCAUUUUCAACGGAGGAAGCCCUUCUUAAGCAAUUGGAUGACAUUGGUGAUCAUGGGAGUAGGAUCAUAAUCUACAAUUUGUGGCUAAAUAAUGAAGGCAAAAUGGAGCUUGACUUUCAGUCAGAUCCUGAGGAUAUUCGUAUCUCUUGUGAUGCAGAAAGUGGUAAAAGUUGCUCCAGCACGUCAGUAAGUGACCUGCAUCUUGCCAACACUCUUCAGUAUUCACUCCGAGCAUAUCUAUCUGUCCUGUACUUGCAAAUCCCUGAAAACUUUUGCAUAUGGUUGCGCGGACGGAUUGUAGAGUAUCAUAACAUUGCUAGAGAUCUCAAGUAUCCAGAAUUUAUCGUGUACAAACCUCAAAAUGGUGGAUGCAAAGAGGGUUCCAUCAUUACUUCCAUUGGCUUCCUAAAGGAAGCUCCACUGGUGAAUAUUCAUGGUUUCAAUGUCUACCACAGGAAUCGUUUGAUACUGCCAUUUUGGAAUGUGGCAGGCUCUUCUACCACAAGAAGCAGAGGGAUUGUAGGUGUUCUAGAAGCAAACUUUAUUCAGCCAACUCAUAAUAAACAGGACUUCGAGAAAACACCCCUCUUUCAAAAGCUCGAGAACCGAUUAAAGGAGAUGACAUGGGAGUACUGGGAUUAUCACUGUGGACUAAUUGGUUAUCAUGCAACUAAAAGGCUUCAUAAACCUUCUCAGGUUUCAUCAGAAUCUAGACAGAAACAUGCAACCACGAAAAGGAAAGACCAUGAUCAUUCAAUAGAACCUGAAAUUCUGAAACGAAAGGCGGGAUUAAGGGUCAAUCUAACUGGUCCCGAGUCCAUUCAAAAUCCGCCUGCCACCACUACCACAAGUCACUUGGAAGAUCAAGAGAUGGUCCUCCUCCUUAAAGAGAACAAAAGGCUCUACGCACGAUGCUUUGAAUAUGAAAAGAUGGAUGAGGAACUUAAUGCUAAGGUAACUUUGCUAAGGAAGGAACUGAAGGAAGCCCAGCGCGAAUACGGUCGGUUGCUAGUUGAAUCAGGAUCCCUGGAGUACCCCAAGAUGGAAAGUGCUGUUACUCUAUAGAUAAUACUUGUUAUAGUGCUCGUAUGUAUAUAUUUUUGUAAACUUUAAGAAAUCCCUUGCUCAACUUCUAUCUGCUUGUAAGAAUAGGGAGCUAACUUGUUAUAGUACUUGUAUGUACAUAUUUUCUGUAAACUAUAAAUUUUUGGUUAAGAAAUCCGAUGUAGCGUCUGCUGAAA